UGCAUCGGGCAAUCCGAAAACAUAAUGCACUAUGCUCAACUGUCAACGCAUGAAAAGAAAACAAACGAAACAGACAAUUAAAUUCUGUUUUGGAAUCUAUUUUCGAAAUUUUAUCUUUAUGAAUAAAACAGAAUGGGUGAAAAUGAUGGCGAUAAUUUAGCCAUAAGUUUGAGUGUGAUUGAAGGGACGGGAUUUGAUACACGCAAAUAUGCAAUUAUUAUCAAAGCAAAUUUAAGCGGGAACAUCCUUGAAACAGAAAAAACGUUCGCUGGAGAUCUAACCGCAUCGUUUAAAAAUAAUCUCAUUUGGUCUACAAAUAAAGAUGCCAUUAAACGAAUGAAGGAGGAGAAUCAACCAAUUAAAUUGGAAUGCUUUUUUCAAGUGAGUGAGAGUCGACGUGAACCGAUCGGUUUUGUAUUGAUCCCUCUUCGCACUAUCCCAUUUUGGAAUUCCCGCAAAAUGGGCAUGAUGAAACCACAUUGGUACAAACUGCACGGUGUGACUCAAGAUAAUUUAACGCACAAGCCAGAACUCCUGCUGUCGGUUACAAUCGGUGAUAAAGAAGACAUACUCAAUGAUCAUGAAAAAAUUUUGGUGCAAAAUGAGUCUUCUCGAAGCACCGCAGAGCAUGUGGAACCUGAAGUUGGUAUUUUGAAAUCGAAUGCUAAUUUGCAUGUUUCAAAGUUGGGCGAAAAUGAAAUUGUUAUCGUCGGAAUUGAAAACAGCGAGCAGCAUGAAUUUGUGGUCGAUAUUAAUUUUCGUUACAUUGAUCAUUGUGAUCAUUUGGAUGAAAAAGUUGACUUGAUUUAUACGCUGUUCGAUCAACACAAAGUGGGGCUGAGCAAAAAUUCGGAAAAUGAACAAUUCCAUAUCGAUCAAAAAAUAUCAGUUAAAUUUAAGUCAUCACUCGGUGACUUGAUUGUUUAUUUUCGCAAUAUUUUUUCGCUUCCAAUUGUUUUAACUCUGCACAAUACAGAUGAUAUCAAAGGUUAUACACAGUUAAAUUUUGGCGAUAGUUUAUCAACGUUGCCGGCUUCCAUUGAGAAAUUCCAAGAAAUAUUCAGUGCAAAAGAUUUUACAUAUCAAUUUGAUAGUUAUUCCACAAUUAUUUUUCCAAUUAGCGAGACUGAAGAGAAAGAAUCGGAAAUCCACUACAAUUUUAGUUUGAAACACAUGUCAUACAACAGUAAUAAGCCAACAAGUCCAACAAGCCUAUUGCUACCGUAUACAACGUUACAAUCUCCGGGGUUUAACAAAAUUGCUUCCGUUUCUUCGCCUGCUUCAAAUGCAUCCCCAUUUGACCAAAUGAAUGAAAAGGAGAUGAUCAAUUUGGAGAAUCCAAAUGAAAAACACACGGAUAAUCCAGCGACGACUAUGUCAUCGACGAUUAUUCCAAAAACAUUUGCUUAUACUCUAUCUCUUUUGGAUUGUUCGUUCAAUAAGCGACCAUUUCCGGGGAUCUGGCAAUUGAGUUUGCAGCAUCCAGCAGCCGAUUCAUCGUUGGUACUACGAAAUCUUGAGAUUAGUGACAUUGUGGUGGAUCAAAUAUCUUUUGAAGAAAUGCACUUGCGAUUAUGCUUCACAACACAUCCCGAUCAACUCUUUGACUUGAUUAAAUCGAUGCCGUGCAUUCUUACCUUAAAGGGCCCGCGUGGUGUUCAUGCAUCCGCUGAACUUGAUAAUCACAAUAUUUUAACGCAAGAGAAGACAAAAGGCAUCGUUUUACUCGAGAAUGAACAAAAUGAACAAAUGGCAAUGGCACACAUAUCGGUGCAAACCGAGGAGCUGGGUUUAAAUUUCAAUACAGACGCCACACUGAAGGCGAGACAACAACAAAAGCAUCAACAGUACGCAAAUGUAUUCCCCGACGAAGAUUUGGCUUACAAAAUGAUUGAAGAAUUAGAAGAAUGGAAACAGGUACAACGAAAAGAAUUUUUGGCCGAAUUGAAGCGUCACGAAAUUGCACAUCUCACACAAUUAUCAAAUGAGUGGCAAAGGAAACGACGCGAACAAGAGCUUAAGCUACAUAAGAAAAUGGAACACUGCGAUCGAUUGACACAGACGUUGGAAGAAGCGCACAAUAUGUUUAAAGAGAGAAAUCGGAGUGAUAUCGAGUAUGAACAUACGUUGCUGAAGACAAAAAGUGACUUGGAACGAUGUUAUGCCAAGAAGAUUGAUUCAUUGAAUGGAAAGAUAUUGCAGAUGGAAAAGGAGAAUUUUAUCAAACAAAAAAAUGAUGAACGAAUACUCAAAGAGAUUGAAAUUGAACGGGAUCAAUUGAAAAAUGAGAAUAAAAAAUUAAAGGCGAGAUUAAAAAUGUUGGAAAAUGAAAUGAAAAUUGGAAACAACACCGAUGACAGUGCCCAAGAACAAAUCAGUGAACUGAAGGAAUAUGUGAAUCUACUGAGCGAUGAGCUUGAGAAAAUGAGAAAAUCGAAGAUGCUGUACAAAGAGAGAUGGGCUCACAUUGUAAGAGAAGUUCAAAAGAUCAAGUAUAGGAAUAGCAGUGAUUUCAGUAACGACGAUGAGGAUUAUCAAAGGUUAAACGAACUAUUAAAGUCCGCCCGAACCGACAUAAGCAAUGAAUAAUUAUUUUGUUAUAAAAUAUUUACAACAUUUCUCCGCCCA